AUGGCCUCUGGUGUGGCUGUCUCCGAUGGUGUCAUCAAGGUGUUCAAUGACAUGAAGGUGCCCACAUCCUCGACACCGGAGGCGGUCAAGAAGCGCAAGAAGGCUGUGCUCUUCUGCCUGAAUGCAAAGCAAAAGAUACGCCAAGCCUGGAAGUCCUGGGUGCUCUAUGUGGUAGUUCGAAGGACCAAACUCGGGAUGCAGACGGCUGCCUCAGAGCUCAGGCAGCGGAAUGCCUUGCGGGUUUGGUGGAGCAAGUGGAGGUGGAGCCUAGGACAGGUCCACAUGGACCGUGCCCUCCACACCACAGCCGUGAAGCACAGAGCCCUGAGCCUCCAGUUGCAGGCUUGGUCAAGGUGGCACGGACAGUACCUGUGUGCCCAGAGGGACAGACAGAAGGCGGUCUCUGCAGUGAAGUACCACCAGCACUGGCAAAAGCGGAGCUCCCUGAGGGCCUGGCUUGAGUACGUGCAGCUCCGCAGACUGAGGAAGCAGAGGAACGAGAUGGCUGACCGAUUCUACCACGUCACUCUGCUCCAGACAUGCUUCUGUGAUUGGCAGUGGGCGUGGCAGUGGAAGGAGAGCUUGCAUGCCCACCAGGCCCUCGUGGAAGUGCUGGCUCGGAGGAUGGCACUGCGGCGGGCCUUCGUCCACUGGAAGCACUACAGGCUGCUGUGUGCAGAAGCAGCCGCCCAGCACAGAAUGGCAGGGGAUCAUCGCCGACGCCACCUGCUGUCCGUUUGCUUUAGAGCCCUCCAGGACAACGUGGCCCGGGCCCAGCUCCAGCAGAUAAGGAGGAAUCUCGCCCACCAGCAGCGCAAAGCCACGCUGCUGCGCAGGUUCUGGGACUGCUGGCAGAGUGGGCUGGAACUGCGGGAGGAACGGGAGCAGCUCUCCUUAAUGCACGCCGCCGGGGAUCACUACAGGACAACACUGCUCCUCAGGUGUAUCAAGCAGUGGGUACAGCACGUGCAGAGGAGACGCCACAAGCAGCUGCUGCAGGCCGGAGCAGAUGACCACUUCCAGCAGAGAGCCCUGCCCGCAGCCUUCCGGACUUGGAGGAGCCUCUGCCGGCGGCACCAGCAGGAAAGGGCUCGGAACGCCAGGGCAACGCGUUUUCACAGGGAGACCCUAGGGAGGCAAAUGUUUGCUAUUUGGCAGCAGAAGAUGCAUCAGCACCGAGAGAGCCGCUUGGUAGAGAGAGUGGCCAUUCUGCAUGCCGAGAGGCAACUUCUGCUCAGGGCCUGGUCCACGUGGCACCAGCAGGCAGCAGCGUGUCACCAGGAGCGACAGAGACAAGCAGUGGCGUGUGCCCACCACCGCCAGUGGGAGCUCCAGAGAGCCUUCCAUGUGUGGAGGGAGAGUGCCCAAGGGCGGAGAACCGAGAAGCUGGGAAAGGCCUGGGCUGCGGAGUUCCACGCGGUGCAGCUCCUGCGUUGGGCCUGGAACAGGUGGCGGGAGUGCUUGGCCCUCCUCAAUGCUGAGCGUCAGAAGUUGGUACAAGCCGACCGGCAUCGCCAGUGCACCCUGCUGCGCAGAGUGUGGCGGGGAUGGGUGACUUACCAGGACAGGGGGCGGCAGGUCCUGCGAGAGGUGGCGGCCAGGGAGAGCCAGCACAACAGGCGCUUGCUGCGGGGCAUGUUGCAUCGCUGGCACAAGAACACAGUGGCCCAUGUGGAUGAAGCUAAAAAGACCCGGCAAGCACGUGAUCACUACAGAAGGAUCAUAUGUUCCAAGGUCCUGGCCCAGUGGAGGGAGGCUGCAGCAGUCCAGAUCUACUACCGGCAGCAGGAAGACUGGACCAUCCAGGAGGCCCGGCACAUACUGGACAGAGGCUGCGUCCAGAUUGUAUUCCGGCGCUGGCGGAGCCGCAGCCAGAGUGUGGCCCAGCAGCGGGUCCAGAUGGAAAGGGCAGCCCAGCACCAUCGGCGCCGGCUCCUGCGAGAGGCCGUGGCAAGGUGGAAGGCCUACCACCUGGGAUGUAUCAGGAAAGCGCUCCUGCGGAGGCAAAGUGCUCAGCUCCUGGAGCAGAGACUCAGCCGGUCCUGCUUCCACCAGUGGAGCCGGCAGCUGGUGGCCCAGAGGGAGGAGCAGCAGGGCACAGCGAAGGCCCUGUGGUUUUGGUCCAUCUCGCUACAGGCAAAGGUAAUUGGGGUGCAGGGUCUGCCUGCGGGGAGGAAAGCUCCUAGGGGAGGGGGGUGGCAGGGCUCAGCUCUGCCCUCCUCGGAGGCCUGGGAUGCCUGGCAGCGCUACAUGCUGGAGAGGAAGAGGAAGAAGGCUCGGCUAGAGCGAGCCGCGCAGGCCCACCAGCAGCAGCUCCUCCAGGAGGGCGUCACCCAGCUCCUGCAAUUUGCAGCAGGCCAGAAGGCCUCCCGGCAGCAGUGGCACACCCAGCAGCAGGCUCAAGUGGCUCAUGGCCUCCACCGUGCUGUCCGCCACUGCGCCAUGCUCUGGAAGCAGAAAGCCCUGGGUCCAACCAAGGACCCCCUGACCUCCAAGCCCAUCACAGCCAGCCACAGAGUGACGUUCGAGGUUCCCCUGGUCAGUCGUAUCUCUGCUGGGGCUGGAGAUGCCGCUCUGGAGACCAAGAGGCCGAGAGCCAAGCCUGAGCCAUGUUUGGGCAGCCUGGCCCUGGCUGCUGGGGACUCCCAGCUCCUGGAUCUGAGCGCUGCCCGCCCGGUGAGGAGGCAGCCCCGAUGCCCUGAUUUCCUGCUGGAACCCGAGCAGAGCCGAGUCCUGGGGUGCCGUCCCCGCCAGGGACCCAGGCCUGAGAAGAUGCCCCACCCAGGUGUGAGCCAGCCAGCCAGCACUUCCCUGCCCCAGCACUCCCAGGAAGAGGCUUGCAUGGCCCUGGCCCCACGCAGCUCCUUACCACAGCACAAGACCCUGCCAAGGCCCCCUGGCCUAAAGGAGCCCCCCACCAGGACGACAGGCCCCGAGCUGGUGCUGCUGCCUCCCUCCUCCUUCGUGCCUCGGCAGGGGAAGACCGCUGCAGGGGUGUCAGUACAGCCCCACGCAGCCCCGCCCCUGGCUGCUCCCCCAGACCACCAUCUGCUCCUCCCUGGGGACCUAACACGCCCCCAGGCCUGGCCUGAGCUGGCCCCCGCAUCAGUAGCAUCGGCAGGCAGCGCUCCACUGCAGGCUGAGCUCGAGGGGAUCCGCCAGCAGUUACAGCACUACCAGACCACCAAGCAGAACCUCUGCUCCUGCCAGCGGCAAGCCAGCAUCCUGCGUAGGUGGCUGGAGCUGAGCCGGGAGGAGCCCCGACCAGAGGACCAGGAAGCAGAGCAGCAGGUGCAGAAGGAGCUGGAGGAGGUGGAAGCACAGAUCCAGCACCUGGCGGCCAUGCUCCGGGCCCAGCACCAGCCCAUUGGCGCCUGCAUUGCCCGCGUCCGGGCCCUGCGGCAGGCCCUGGGCUAGUGUCCCCGCCCCAGAGGACACCAGCAGGGUUUCAUGGCAGGCUUGGGCCACCUCUAGGAACAGAACACAACGCGGACGUGCAUUUUUUAUUUCAAAAUGUUUGCAAUUAAAUGAAUUACUGUUCA